AUGGCCAGCUCAAGGCUAAGCCUCCUGCUGCUGCUGCUACCAACCCAUCCUGAACCCUUGGGGGCUCAGCACUGGUCCUAUGGCUGGUACCCUGCAGGAGAGCAAGCCUUCAGCUGGCCCCAGGACUCCCAGAGAAUCCUCAGGCCCCCAGGCAGCCCAGCCCAGACUGCCCACAGCCUCCCGAGUGAUGUUCUGGCUCCUUCCCAGGAUAUUGUGCCCUGGGAAGACAGGUCCAUGGACCCGUGGUCCCUCCAUAAGAAGCUGCUUCUGUUGCAGACACUACUGGUCCCUCUGGGAGGGGGCAAUCUGAGCGACGUGGAGGCAAGCCGAUCCGCUAGAAGGCAGCCCGAGCUCCGCAUCUCGCCGCCUUUCAAUAAAAAGCGCUGCGAGGGAGCGGGAGGAACGUGGGCCGAGUCCCGCGGGCGGGAGGGACAACGUGGUGGAGCAAGGCCCUGCAAAGAAAACCUGACCCGAGUCCGGAACCCGGGGCUGACUGCAGUGGUCCUCAGGAAAGCCGCCGCGCGCGAGCUCCGCCCCUAA